AUGGCUUCCUCGAGAAAUAUUGGUUUUGCAGUUUUGUCCUUUGUCUUUGUGUUAUUUGCUUUCUCCGAAGCCAAAGUCAUUCUGGUUGGAGAUAAGGACGUUUCUUGGAACGUUGAUUCUGUCAAGGCCUUGACUCAGUGGGCUGAGAAUAGACGAUUCAGAAUCGGAUAUGUUCUCAAAUGGAAAAAGGAGGAAGGGAGGGACUCCGUGGUGCAAGUGACAAAGGAAGCCUAUGAGACCUGCGACACAUCGAAGCCAAUCAAAGCAGAUGUGGAGGAGAUUACGCUGGACAGGUCAGGACCAUUCUACUUCAUCAGUGGUGUUAAGGAGCACUGUGACAAAGGCUUGAAGCUCACGGUGGUGGUUCUGACGGAAAAACCUAAAUAUGGUUCGUACUCUCCGUUGCCUGCUCCGGCUGCACCGCCGUCUAGUAAUGCUGCUGCCCCUGGUUUCGGUUUGAGUGCUGGAUUUAUUGCGGUUGUGGUGGCAGUGGGGAUGGCUUUGAUUUGA